GGCGGGACCUGCUGUCACGUGCCAGAAUCAGUUGGAUAAUGAAAGGUGGUGUUGCGCAACCCUGUAGUCCCUCCGCCCUACUUCAUGAGUCAUAUAAUUUUUGGUGAUAUAACUGAAACUCCUGCUACCUCCGCCGGGAUAGAUUUGCGUCUUCUUGGAAAAGUGUCACACCCAUAAAACGGAAGCAUGUCUACCGAGAAAGUUCCUGACACCCCAGUGGAAAUCAUUGUGGAGCAUUUAACUAAAGCCCAGCACAUAGCUGCAGCAUGUGGUAAUGUUCCUGAGGAGUUGACAAGUCACUUGCAGAAGGCUUUGGACAUCGCUAGUGGCCUGGAUGACUACCUGGAGAAAAUGGCCACACAGGAAAGUGAACCUCUUGCAGAACUUUAUAAAAAGACAUUUUCUCAUGACUGGGAUCAAGUACACAAGGAGGGUAAAACCAUGUUCAAGCUUCCCAAGGAAUGUAUCACUGGACAUGUUGAAGGUCAAACCCUGAAGAUGCUGAUCUACAUGAGCCAAGCAAAGAGGGUCUUAGAGAUUGGGAUGUUCACUGGCUAUGGAGCUCUGUCCAUGGCUGAAGCGCUACCAGAGGACGGCUGCUUAGUGGCCUGUGAGUUGGAGCCAUACCUCAAAGAGUUUGCUCAGCCCAUUUUUGACAAGUCUCCACAUGGCAAGAAGAUUACUGUCAAGACUGGAAAUGCCAUGGAGACGCUAAAGGAAUUAGCUGCUGCAGGUGAGCAGUUUGACAUGGUUUUCAUCGAUGCUGACAAAAACAACUACAUCAGCUAUUAUAAAUUUAUCAUGGACAACAACAUACUCAGAUUGCGAGGGGUCAUAUGUAUCGAUAACUCACUGUUCAAAGCCAAGGUUUAUCUUAACGACGCCACAGAUAGCAAUGGACUGGCCCUUCGUGAGUUUAACCAGUUUGUCUCUAAUGACCCCCGAGUAGAGCAGGUCAUUGUCCCUUUAAGAGAUGGCCUCAGUCUUAUCCGUCGGGUACCUCUGGCCGAGUGCUCACGGCGACAGUGUAAAAUAACAGAUGAUGAGGUUUUCCGCGGGGUCAGAGGACAUUCCAUCCUGGAUCGGAUGCGCCUUGAUAGUAAGGUGGCCUAUGUGACAGGAGCUGGGCAAGGCAUAGGCCGAGCAUUCGCCCAUGCCCUGGGUGAGGCUGGUGCAAAGGUGGCAGUGGUAGACCUGGAUCAAGCUAAAGCUGAGGCAGUUGCAGAGGAGCUUUUUCUUAAAGGUAUCAGUGCCAUUUCAAUAACAGCUGACAUCAGCAAGUCAGAUGACGUCCAGAGUAUGAUCGACACCAUAGUUUCCAAAUGGGGAGCGAUCCACAUCGCUUGUAACAAUGCCGGCAUCAACAUGAACUCAGCCAGCGAAGACACCAGUCUAGAGGAGUGGGACCAAACCUUUAAUGUGAACCUCAGGGGGACUUUCAUGUGCUGUCAGGCAGCAGGUCGAGUGAUGUUGAAGCAAGGGUACGGCAAGAUUAUCAACACAGCUUCCAUGGCCAGUCUAAUAGUCCCCCAUCCUCAGAAGCAGCUUUCCUACAACACAUCCAAGGCUGGUGUGGUCAAACUGACUCAGACUCUGGGUGCCGAAUGGGUUGACAGAGGAGUGCGUGUCAACUGCAUCUCACCGGGGAUUGUUGACACCCCUCUCAUCCACUCGGAGAGUCUGAGGCCUCUGGUGCAGCGCUGGCUGUCAGAUAUUCCUGCUGGUAGACUGGCUCAAGUGACAGACCUGCAAGCUGCAGUGGUCUACUUGGCAUCUGAUGCCUCUGACUACAUGACAGGGCAUAACUUAGUCAUAGAAGGUGGGCAAAGUCUGUGGUAAAAGGACUAGAUGAAGAGAUGAAAACUUUUCCCCCUGCUCUCUUCAUUCUCCAGGGAUCAAAAAUAGGUGGCAUUCAUAUUAUCUCCCUUUGAGAUGUGAACAGCAGUAUUAGUUUAAAUGUAACUGCAGUUUUUCCAGCUGAUAUGUGAUUUGGAGUAAGGAGAUGAAUAGGAGUUUUUUAUUUCUUUCUCUUUGUGGACUGUAGGUUUAGUUCAACGUCCAGUGUGGUAAAACAAUACAGAAAAGAGUUUUAGGAGUUUUAUCGUUUGCAAGCCGGAGAGAUGAGGAAAGUACUGCAGUGUUCUUUUAAAAUGAGACCAAAUUAUCGCAGCUUCUUUUUUGUUACACUUUUUUACACUCUGGAUGCUGAUUAAACAUACCCCAUUUCUGAUGCCUGUGACUGUAACGUUUUAUUGUAUCUGCUCCAGUACAAACUCAGCCAAAUGCUGUUAAAAACACAAAUGGGUAAUAAAAAGUAAUACAGGUUUUGUAAUGAACUAGGGGGAUGUUAUCCUUGCAUGAUUACAUGUAAAGUGAAUUGUGUGAUUUUUUUUCCUCUUAAUUAGCUGCAGCAAUGCUGUUUUUAUACUGUAUAU